AUGGAGCAGAGUAUGGUAGAUGAGCACACGCUCAAGGUGCUUCACAGCGACCUUCACAGGAAGUAUCAAACUCAUGGGCCUAAGAUUGAGCAAAUAUGGCACUCCUUGAGUCAAUCGGAUCGAUCAAAAGCCAUGAAGGCUGGCGCAGCUGAUGGUGCCGUCUUGAAACACCCGCUAGAUUUCACGCUUGGAAACGUCUAUAAGUUCCUCCCCGACUGGAACCUCCGUGACGUAUCGGCUCCAGACUCGGAUUACUUUUUGCGUCUGCUCAAACAUCGAGCUACGACAUCACUCGAGGAACAAUAUAUCAACGGCUUCGAUAACUACCCAGGAGAUCAUGAUCACAUCACGUCCAUGAUAAACACACGGGGUCUUCGUCAUGUAAACUCCUUUAAGGAUAGCUUCACGUGGUUUAUGGAUGGAGAUAAGUAUGGUCGAUCUUUCACAAUAAAAAAGGAUCGCGAUGAGGUCUUACGGGGCCUCGAAAUCGGGUUCAAAUCUGGCAUGAUCAUCCCGCAAUCUGCCGGCGAAUUGAUACUUACGAGACAACUCUACAUGAUGCAGCUCCUCAACAUCAUGAUCGAGGAUGUGCUUGAUAUUGGGUCUACUACCCGUAGCCAACAGAAGAAACCUAAGAAGAACCCGCAAGAAUCCGUUUCAGCUGCUCUAUCUAGUCUCAGUAUCGCCGAUAAGAAACCCGUCAAGGUCGAAGUAUCUGACCUAAUCGCCAAUUCUCUUCAUCGGAAAUACUUUCUCGACGAGUACCUCGGCUUUAUCUGUGCGGAACCUGCUGUGCUUGCCUAUGAUGUCAAUAUUUGGUUCUUCAGCAGACCUGAACUCGUCCCUGACGAAAAGGGCCGAACAUUGCCUGUUCAUACAGAUAGGCAUAUCAGUCCCAUAUUCCUAGAGGUCGUCCACGGUGCAGUCAAGGCUGCCGCCAUAUGGAACUGCAUCUAUCGCCUUCUCCAGCUUGUCGCGGAGUCGAACAACAAGAUCCACACAGCUACACUACUCCAGGAGCUGUCUAACGUCUGUCAUUUAGAGUUUGAGCGAAACCAAGAUGCGUUGAAGAGGCACCUUGCUACGGGUUCCGGGUCUAAAUGGUUUCGGCGUGUGACGAACUCGACGGGGAGUCGGCUCGCAAUGAAAGGCGACCCUGAGCGCCUUAUUCGAGAGAAUCCGCAACUCUACUACCUCCUACACCUAUGCCAACCCGAAACAAACGUGAAAAAAGCCGUAGGCUGGCUCCAGAAGAUGGACCAACUUCACAAAUCUCACCCUCAGGAGCGCGAAGACUUGCAGGAGCGAGAAGCUGACUCCUUAUGUGACCUGGCAAUCAUCACCGGCUUUACCCAGUCUCUAUCAGCGUCCUUCCCCAUGCCAUCCUUCAGUAGAAAUAAGGGACGGAUGUUCGUAUCCCGAAUGGAAGAGCUCGAAACCGAGUUAACCCAGAUCAAGACGCAGAUUGAUCUUACAGACUUCGUUGCCCCUAUCGACAACCUCCUAGAACCAGGUGUGGCCGAGACUGCACUGAAGACUCUCGAUCGAUUUAUCCUAGAGAAGAUGGGUACCGGGAUGGGAUUCUUCAAGCAGCAAGUCAAGAAUAAAGACGCACAAAAGUCCGAGUCUGAGUUCAUCCCUUUACCUUCGGGAGGCCCAGCUCAGCCCCAAGAGGUCAGAGUCCAGGAGAGAAGGCAGAAGGAAAAAACACGACCAGCGCAUUCAUCCAUCUACGAUAUCAUCCCGUCAGCAAGAGCUUCAGCCGACAAGGAAGAACUAGAAUCAUUAAAGCCGAUGCAUAUGACGGUGAGAUCGGGCGUGGUUGAAACAUUCUCCACGUUAUUCUCCAGAUCAGAAGCUCGGGGUUCAAUCCCGUGGACCGCGUUUGAGACAGCAAUGUCAGACUUAGGAUUCUCGGUCAUACCCGAGUACGGAUCAGUCUACACAUUUGCGCCCUCUAACAAACUAUCGCUAGAUAGGUCUAUCAAGGUUCACAGGCCCCAUCAAUCUCGCAUCGAAGGCCAUAAACUAUUCUUCAUAGCUCGCCUUCUGAGUCGGACUUACGGAUGGACGAAGGAUACAUUCCAGGUCUCUUAGGUUGCUGAUGAGAUGAUAUGGGAUAUGAUUCUGCUUUAUGGAAGGG